AUGUCCGAGUCCCCUCCGCCACCUCCAUCGUGGAGCUUUGGAGGUAUGGCCAACAGCGCCGUUCAUUUCCUGCGCCUUCCGGUCCUGGCUUCGUCCGGCUUAGCAGUGGUCGCAAGUAGUCUCUUGUAUUUCAAGCAAAAUGAACUGAUCUAUCCCCGCAACAUCCCAGCGGAUGCGCGCACCAACGUUCCCAGCCCCAGACAAUUCGGCAUCACCGACUUUGAAGAUUUGCAAAUUCCCACUCCCGAUGGAGAGUCACUGAAUGCGCUCUUCUUGCGCUCAUCCACCAGUCGUUAUCGGCGCAAUCUUACAGUCAUCAUGUUCCACGGCAACGCCGGCAACAUUGGCCAUCGUGUACCAAUUGCCAAGGCUUUGCAGGAUACCUUGAACUGUCAUGUUCUUUUGCUGGAAUACAGAGGCUAUGGAAAGUCUACCGGCACUCCUGAUGAGUCGGGAUUGAAAGUCGAUGCGCAGACUGGUCUGGACUAUCUGAGGCAACGGGCAGAGACGAGGGAUUCCAAGUUUGUUGUCUAUGGUCAGAGCCUGGGUGGUGCGGUGGCUAUCAAUCUUGUUGCUACCAACCAGGAGCAAGGCGACGUGGCAGGCUUAAUCCUCGAGAACACUUUCUUGAGCAUUCGCAAGCUAAUUCCCAAUGUCUUCCCCCCAGCUCGAUACCUGGCCCGUCUUUGCCAUCAGUACUGGACGAGCGAGGAUGUGUUACCCAAGAUCAGCAAAGUUCCCAUUCUCUUCCUCAGUGGACUGAGGGAUGAAUUGGUCCCUCCUUCCAACAUGACACAACUAUUCGCCGUGUGCAAGUCAGAAACAAAAAUCUGGCGCACAUUACCCAAUGGCGGUCACAAUGACUCAGUCGCUGAGCCCGGCUACUUUGAACAUAUUCAUUCCUUCGUCACGGAAGAAGUCGACAUGGAGUAA